AUGGGCAACAACGUUUCGGUCAACACCCACAUGCAGACCGCACAGGUCUUCCACGAGUAUGACUGCCGUAUCAGCUCGUCUGAGGUGAGCCUCGUCAGCUCGAGGCCCAAGGCCACCUACAUCUCGGAGCGCCGCCUCGGUAGUGGCGCUUUCGGCACCGUCUACGCCGUCCGCCGCGAGAGUGACCCAGACACGCUCUGGGCCUUCAAGCAAGUGCUCUUUGAUCCCAACGAGCCUGGCGAUGCUGUCACCAAAAUGACCGACGUACUUGACGAGGCUGCGGCCCUGCGCGGCAUCCGCGACCCCAACCUCAUCCACCUCGAGCACGCCUACAAGGCCAAGGCGCGGAGGACAGCCAAGCGCAAGAUCGCCACUCGCAUCAAGGAUGAAACCGGUACCUGCCAUCUCCUUCUCGAGAUCAUGCUCACCACAAACCCGGCCAACCGCCGCCCGGCGGCCGAUCUGCUCAACUGCGGCUUUGUCGCCGGCCUCCGCCAUGCCCUCGCCUCUGAUCUCGCUCAGCCUGCCUUCACCACGCUUGCCGUCUCUGCCGAUUGGCAGUACCGCGGUGCGUUCCUCGCCCCGCUCGCCGAUCCCAACCUCAACGACCACAUCCGUGGCAAGAUCGUCGACGUCGUCUUCCAGUCGGUCGGCCUUGGAAACACAUCCACCACGCAAUUGUCCUCGGCCUCGGUCCCGCUCAUCCACCAGGGCAUUGUCUCGCUCAUCUACACCCAUCUCAACCACAACGCCCGCAAGGACACCACCACAGAGUCGAUCAUCAACCAGUUUGCUGCCGCCCUCCUCGGCCAGUCUGUCGAGCCAUCGGCCUCGGUCCACACCGUGCCCCACACCGAUGUGCCCGGUGUGGUCACCGGCGCCGUCCUCGCCGGCCCGUCCGAUGAGCCCGAUCUCAUCAGCGCCCUCAUGGCUCUCUUUGGUGGCCGCGAUGCCAAGGCCACCGUCAAGAUCAUGAAAAAGGAGCUGGCCAUUCUCGUCAAACUCCUCGACGACAAGCGCUCAGCCUUUCUCACCGCCGAUGCUAUCAUUGCUUGCCCAGGCAUGAUCCCGCUUCUCCUCUCCCACGUUCGCCGCUCGAUCUGGCUCGAAGACUCGUUAACCUUCGAGACAUGCGCCGUCCUCCGCGCAGUCUACCGCCUCCGGCCCAACACCUCGUCUGUUUACCCCAUCAGCUCGCUUCUAGCUGCUUUAGCCGCACCCAACGGCCGAUCGGCCUACAACAGGACCUUCCGCCUCAUGUACGAAUCGCUCCCGAAAACCGUCAACAGCUGCCCUCAGCUCAUCGCUCGCUACGCCGCCAUGUGCGAUGAGAAACCGCUCCGCAACCGCCUUGAUCGCAUCCUCCGCUACGCCCAGUCCUCUGGCAUCUCCUUUCCGCCCGAGCUUGCCCAAGUCUGGGGCCAUGUCCUCGCCCAGCGCGCGCUCACCGCUCUCCACAUCGGCGUCCAACCCGAUGCCGCCAACCACAUCAACAUCUCGCAGGCUGCCAACGCAGCUGCCCUCGCUUCCCUCGCCGAUGCGCCGGCCAAGUCACUUGCCGUUGCAGGCAACUUCUGGCUCCACGCCUACGCCCUCGGCCUCGAUCGCGCUGCAGUCAACGACGCCAUCGCCUCGCUCUCCAACAUGCAGCUCUGCACACAGAUGAUGUCUGUUGCUCUCGGUGCCUCGAUUCCGCUCGUCCGCUGCCAGACAUGCUCCUGCGCCGCCAAACAGGGCAUCGACGUUUGCAUCGCUUGCGCUCGUAACUGUCACGCCGGCCACGAGUUCGCCGACAGCUUCCACGUCAUCCGCACCGUCGUCACUCAGACCUACUUUCCUUGCGAGUGCUCCACCAUCGCCGGCUCCUCCUGCAAGAGUCGCUCUGCCAACUCGGCCCGCCCCAUCGCUGCUCUCGACUCGAUCGCUCCUCCUGAGUCCCUCCUCGCCGCCCCGCACCAGAUCAUCGGUGCCGUCUCGGCCGCUGUCGCGCCGCCCGAGUUCAACGCCUGGAUUGAGCCGGUCAUCGACCACGAUCCGGUCGGCCACACCUCGACCGCCACCUUUAAGCUCUACGAUCUCGAGCAGGAUGCCGCCACUCGGUAUCGAAACAUGACUCUGCCUGCCGGCUCGCUCGAGCCUUACAUCUCACGUGAUGUGGCCAAGCUCUUCCUCUCGGUCUCGCCCCGGCUAUACGCCAUCGCCCAGAGCCACGGCUUUGCCUUUUCGCCCAUCACCACCUCGCCCAACCCUAUCGACGUCGUCUUCUACUACGAGAUUGAGGUCUGCACUGCCAAGCUCAUUGGCGACUCGGACUAUGCUGUCGGCAUGGGCCUCAUGUCUGCCGUCCGCAACCCGUCGUCUGCCCUCUUUGUCGGCUGGGGCGAGUCCGAGUGGGGCUACCACUCGGACGAUGGCGGACUCCGCCACGCCACUCCCACAGGCGGCAGCACUAUCAUGCCAUGGUCGGCCGGCGAUCGCGUCGGCUGCGGCAUCCACGCCUCGGGUCGCGUCUUCUUCACGCUCAACGGUGUUUACAUCGACUCGCUCCCCCAGGUCCCGCCCGACGUCCCGCUCUACGCCACCGUCACCGUCCAGAACCUUGUCGGCGACGUCGUGUUCUUCUUUGAUCGAGGCGACUGGGCCUUUGACCCGACUCGGUGGGUGGUGAGCCCCGAGAUGGCGUCCGCAACCUGGGCCCCGUCGUGCCUCCCGCUCGCCUCGGCGGGCCUCACUGCCCUUAUCACCGCCUUUUGCCUCAACAUGAGCCUCGAUACCUUUGUUGGUAUCUUUGACGCCAUCGGCAGGUCCGUCAUCGCCACCGAUGCACGCAUCAAGCACGCCCGCGCCCUCGCCGCCAUUGACAACUCUGCCACAGACAGCUCGUCAUCGCAGCCGUCGCUCGGAGACGUUGCCGCAGCUGCCCAGAGUGGGCACGCCUUUGUUCGCAUCGUGUGGAUCCUCCAAAAGUCCAACGAUCCCGAGGCCGCCCGCCGCGCCGCCGCCAUCAUUGCCCUUCCGUCCUUUGCCGACGUUUUGGCCGCCACCGCAAGCAUCUCCUCGCCGCUCCUCGUCUCGGGCCUCGAAGCGUUUGUCGCCGACCUCGAUCGCCCCGAUCUCGACCUCGAGCCAUGA